CAGACGAAGUGAAUCGGAGGGGAAUUUGAAGCGGUGGCGUGACGGAGAAGGUUCUCGCGAGAGAUACAUCCGACGCGCGUGCAGUGCAGCUGCUUUAAUUGGUAAUGUUAUUGAUGGGGAAGAGUAAGGAUCAAGUGCAGAAGGAGAAAUGCAGAGUUCAAUCGGUGCUCGAUCUUCUGAAGAGACAAGCUCCUCUUACUGUCAAACAGGAGAAGUUUUGCAACAAUGCCUGUGUGGAGAGGUUCCUGAAAGCCAAAGGAGACAGUGUGAAAAAAGCAGCCAAGCAUCUCAGAAAUUGUCUAGCUUGGAGAGACUCCAUAGGUGCUGACAAUUUGAUGGCUGAUGAAUUCUCUACUGAGCUUGCUGAAGGAGUUGCCUAUGUAGCUGGUCAUGAUGAUGAAUUAAAGCCUGUUAUGAUAUUUAGAAUCAAACAAGAGUACUACAAAUACCAUUCUCAGAAACUGUUUACUAGGCUAGUGGUGUUCACAAUUGAAGUGGCUAUCAAAACUAUGGCAAAAACUGUUGAGCAGUUCGUUAUCCUCUUUGAUGCCAGCCUUUUCAGGUCCGCUUCAGCUUUUAUGAACAUGCUGAUGUCCGUACUCAAGAUCAUAGCUGAUUAUUAUCCAGGCCGCCUUCACAGGGUAUUUGUCGUCGACCCUCCUUCCCUCUUUUCUUAUCUCUGGAAGGGAGUCAAGCCGUUCCUGGACCUCGCACCAUCAACUACAGUCGUGUCAUCGCUCGACUACGAGGAGUCCCGGGACUUGAACGACAUGUCAUUAUAUCGACGGCCAGCAUCCACGCGAUUCGACCACGGUUCAUCCCAGCCGUCCGUUUCCAAACUCGGGCAAUGCUCCUCGUCGAGAUUCGCAUUCACUGUAUCCCAAAGUUUCGACUCACUGAAACCGUGGCACCUCUCGCUGACCGACACGUCAGCAGCAGGUCCCGGCCCCGCAAUAUCGCCACAUAACGCGAGAUCUCUCUCCUUCGCGCCACGUGGCAACACGGAUGCCGUCAAAAAAAGCUUCUUCCCUUCGACCCCAAUGCCGCAGCCCACACAGAAGAUUGACCCUUCUUUAAUACGACACCCCACAACUCCAAAGCCUUCAUUUCUUCACUCGCCUGCAGCUCUUUUCUUCAGAAAAAAUCCCCAAAUUCAAGAACCCCAUCGCGACUCGUUUUUUUUGACGUAUUUGAAGUUCCAUCGUCGACCGUACGAUGAGAUGAUCUACCGGUCGAAAAUGAGACCCCCUCUCGGCGGCCUCGUCUCCAUCGUUGCCCCUCAGCUCAGGCGCAGCAGACACGUGUCCGUAUCCCAACGGUUCUGAUUUUUAUCCAUCGACGACUUGCCUUCUUAGCUAAAAUCCUCAGCUUCUGGUCUGGUUUUAACUUCGUUUUGGAGUUUAGGGUUUGUUUGGUUGCACCUUGGAUUAAAAUAUAAAUUAAAAAAUAAAUAAAUAAAUAUGUCUCUUUCACAUACUUCUAGAGUUUCUGAUCAGAGUGAUGACUCUCACUGGAGAAACAAUAAUGGCAAUGUGUGAUGAUAAUGUAAGAAUUUUAUUAUAUAUAUAUAUAUAUAUAGUGUGUGUAUGCAUACUGUUACUUUGACUA